CUUUUUUGACGUUUGUUUAUUGUGUCUGUCACGUAGUCGCAGUCGAAUUAAUUUAUUUUUCAAGAUUGUAAGAAUUUGUACUGUUUAAAACACUAUAAAUAUAGGCUUUAAAGAAUUGACCGGACUAAAAGUGUAUUUAAAUAAUAAGAUAUCUAUUGUGUAAAUGAUGUGGUGAACUUUUUUUGUAAUUAUCCUUUGUUUUGGACAAUGGACAUUCCCGGCGCAAGUAAAACGCCAAAUACUUCAUUGUCGUUCAGAUAUAAUGCCAACAAUGAGGAAUUAGAGGAGCUUUUUAAUCCAUGUGAAGAUGACCCCCCUACACCCGUGUGUGACACUCCAGCCAGCACCAACAGUGAGAAUGCUAGUCCCAAGAAAACCGAUAAAACCUCCAUCAUAGACAAAUACUUUAAAUCUAUGAGAGUGGAAAGGAUUGACAAAAUAGAAGAGACUAAAGGUGAUUUAGGGAAGCCAAUUGAAGAUGUUAAAACCAGCACACCAAGCAAGGAAGUGUCAUCAUCCCCAGUCAAAGACUACUUGAGUCGCCUGAGCAAGCGGAACACAUCAUCUGCAUCUGAUGUAGGGCCUGAAGUGAAGGAAACUAAUGAAACAUGGAAAAUAUUUCACGAUUUCAAAUAUAAAAUUGCACAAGCUGUGGAAGACAUGAAAUCUCGGUCUGUUGAUGAGACAAAAGACAAGGCUGUCCAAAGAGACAACUCAAUAUCAGACUCGGAAGACAAUUCUGCCAUAAAAGAUUUAGAUAUUAGUGUAGGAGAUACUGACAAUCAGGUGUCUUCACUAGAUAGCAGUAUUCAGAAUUUGUCUGAGAUAACCCAGCCUGUUACCGCUAAAGCGAAUGAACUUGAGUCCAGCCUUCCUAAAGAUGACAACUCCGAUGCCACAGAUGAUACACAUAAGAACUUAGAAGAAAAUAUUGCUGACAUUCUAAAGAGUGAGUUGGAUGAUGGCCUGGAGGUAGAAUCAGGAGUGGAGGCAUUUGAAGACAUUGACAUGGAUGUGAUUCCGGAUAACUCACUAUUGGAUGAGAUAGAGGGAGGGACAAGACCCGCCAAUGCAGACCUGACGCUUAAACCCUCGACGCCGACACACUUCCCAUACCGCCUACCUCAAGACAAUGACAAAUAUAACAAGCCACAAACUCCAACAGUAGAUCAAAAGACCUAUCUCUUUAGUUGCACUUUGUAUAUUCUAACAUUUCUACUUCUACUCAACUAUACAAUUUUUCCCAAUUCCUACCUUUGGAAUGGUUUUCUGCUAGGAAUGUGGUUCUUUUAUUUCUUGAGCAGCUUGAAGCAGUAUGUCUUAGACACAUAUUUCACCGAUCGAGAUGAUGAUCCACCAUACUUUAAGUUGAAGAAGAAUAAGAUACCUGAACCGGUUUCUUACACCAUACCAUCAGUUAAAGAACACAGGCCCUUGAAGAAAUAUGAGGGUUGGAUUAACCAUUACAGGUUCCCAGAAUAUGACCCUUACACGUACCACAUCAACAAAACUACAACUGCAUUUAUGAAACUCGAAGGUUGUAGUCUCAGGAUAUCAUACACAAAGACGAAAGUGGCCAAGCGCGCGCUGUGGGACGAGCAAAUAGACAAAGUGACGUUCUACCAACACAGAUUGUACAAUCUGACUGGCGCCAGGGUGAUACUGCUUCCUAAAGGCCUUGUGAAGAAAAGACAAUGGAGCAAAAAGUACCCAAUAUGUGUGAUACUGAGCGAGAACGAGAAGAUAGAGGUUUUAGAAAAGGAGACACCGCCCGCAGCUGCCGAAACCAAGGACAAGAAAUCGGCGGAGGCUACUCCAGACAAGAAGAAAGAUGUUCCGGAUGUGGAGAGUGCAGAGACGAACACUGCCAGUCCAGAGAAGAAGAAGAAGUUUGUGUGGAGGAAGAGAGAUAAAAGCGUCAACUCUCACACUGAUAGUGAAGGUGGAAGGGAAGGACUUCGCCAUAGACUCGUCAGGAAAAUGCACAGAGACAAGAAAGCAGAAUCAGUAGCGUCAUCCACAGAGCCAGUGGAGGCGUCCACAGAGAAGGCCCGCACUGACUCGCCGACGCAGGAAGACAUCGAGCUGGUCACCAGGUCCACCACCAGCACCAGGGUCCCUGAUGAUGAGGACGAGGAGCCGGACAUGCUGAGGAUCAAGGACUUCUUGGAGGAAGCUGAGGGUGAGGAGGAGGGCGCGGGGGAGGGCGAGUGGAGCGUGCACGUGAAGACGUCCCGAGACAAACACUCGCGCCUGUACUUGUUCACGAGGACCGGCAGGGACAAACAUGAGUGGUUCCGCCGACUAAACCUAGCAGUAGAAGAAGCCAACGCAUCAUGCGAGUCGUCAUCAGCCGCUGAAGACCGCUCCAGCGACGUGAGCGAGAGGGAGACGCAGAGCGCCGCCGUGUACUGCGUCCAAGACAAGGAGGUCAAAUUCUCGGGGAAAACUCAUAAAACGGAAUCUAUCUCUGAUUCAGUGCCUCAGAUGCCUUCCCAAGGUCUGUUGGACAACCAGCGAGACUUCGGUUCCUACGAGAAGACCUUCUGGCCGUUCCUCUUUAAAAUUCUACAGACAAAGUCCUCUCCUACCACAGCGUGCGAAUGCCGGAUGCUUCCGCCGGAAGUGACGUGGGUGAACACGGUGCUCGCGCGGAUGGUGUUUGAUGCUAUGAGGGACCCCAACCUGGUGGCCAGGGUGCAGGACCGCAUACAGAGGAAGCUGCAUACUAUGAAGCUCCCCUCAUUCAUGAGUCCGCUCAUCGUGACGAACCUGUCUCUGGCGGGCGCGUGUCCACUGCUCGAGCACGUGUCGGCGCCGACGUGGGACGCGCGCGGCGUGUGGCUCGACGCCGCCCUGAGAUACGACGGCGGCGCCUACAUCACCAUCCUCACGCAGAUCAACCUCAUGAAGCUCAAGGAGAAGAACUUAACAUUGGAAGAGCACUUGCUAACGACUGCGUCAGAAAAUGUGGUGGAGGACGACUUGUCGGCAUCCAGAAUAUUCUCCGAAAAACAACUCAGGGAGCGCAAGCCGGCCAUCUUCGACUCUGAGUUCGAGGACUCGGCGGAGUCGAGCAGCGACGACGAGAGCCCGCAGAUGCAGCCCGUCGACAGCAACGAGACCAUGGCAUUAGACGCACAGUCCAGUACCACUGACUCCGCCUACUCAAAGAAGAAGUUCCUAAAAAUGGUUGACAGAAUCGCAACAAACAAAUACUUCCAAACCGUGACAGACUACAAGUACGUAAAGAAAGCCAUGGAGGGGUUAUCUAACACGGAUAUCAAGCUGCGGCUGGAGGUGCAGGGGCUGGAGGGGCGCCUCGCCGUCAACCUGCCGCCGCCGCCGCACGACCGGAUUCCGCACAAACCCGCAGCUGGUCCUGAAAGCGCGUCCGGCGUUCGGCGCGCGCGCUCUCCGCUUCGCGCACAUCUCCAACUGGAUCGAGGAGAAGUUGGCCAAAGAGUUCGAGAAGUUUCUCGUGUUGCCCAACAUGGAGGACUUCAUGAUCGACCUCAUGACGCCCACGCCCGUCGACUUCGAGUGAAAGAGACAGGUAUAGUGGGAGAGGUUUAUGGCCAUCGACUUCGAGUGAAUGAGACAGGUAUAGUGGUGCGGUUAGUGGGAGCGAGACAGGUUUAUUGCUCAUUUAGAAACGCGGGACGUUGAUU